CUACCGCACAAGCCGCAGACGACCAUGGCUGCCCGGCAGGACUAUCUGCGCCUCUUCGCUCCGAGCGUCGGCGAUUACAUCGCCGUCCGCGUGGAAGACGGGGAGGACAAACUGGAGUACGCGGAGGAAGUGAACAGCCAGCAGCAGCAGGAGGCGAUGGCCGAGGGCAGUCCUCAGCAGCAGCAGCAGCAGCAGCCGCAAGCGGCGGCGCAGGACGAGGAGGAGGCGGGCGGCGCAUGCGCCGUGGAGCAGGACUACCUGGCCCCGCCCCCCGCGCCGGCGGACGACGGGCCGGCCGCGGCGGCUGGGGGGGAGCCCAGUCCGGCCGAGCAGCAGCAGGCGCACGCCGCAGCCGCAGCCGCAGCCGAAGCCGACUACCAGUACUUGGACUGCGUGCGCGACCUCAGGGUGGUCUCGCAGGCGCGCGCCGACGACGGCGAUGCCAUGCCGUACCACCACCCGCACACGCCCCGCCACCACCACCACCUGUCGCCGCCGCCCGCGCCGCAGCAGCACCAGCCGCAGCACCACUACCAGCUGGGCGCGCUCUUCUCGCCCGUGAAGGACUACGGCGACUCGCGCCACCAGGACGACGUCUUCCGCUCGGUGUUCAAGCAGGAGGAGCAGCAGCCGCAGCCCCAGCAGGAGUACCUGCCCGAGGAGUACCUGCGGCACGCGCACGCGCAGCCCGAGGGCUCCGUGUCGUCGGCCGAGUCCCCGGACGUGUCGUCGCGCAACGGCGAGGCGGCGUCGCCCGUGGGCGAGCUGGACAAGUCGCGCUUCACGCACCUGACGACUCUGCAGCCGAGCGCCGCCGGCUCUCCGGAGGAGCGCCACGACCCGCAGAGGGACAUGUACGGCGCCGGCGCCGCCGCCGCGGGCGUGCUCGACCACCACGGUGCAGCCGCGCACCACCUGCACCACGGCUACCACCACCCGCACGACGUCGCCGUCAGCAACGCCACCUCCGUCCUCAUACACGCGCAGACCAGCCUCAACACCAGCCCGCUGUACUCUCGGAGCACGCUGUACCCCAGCUCCAUGUCCUACCUCACCACUAGCGCCGCCGACGUCGGCCAGGCCGUCGCAACGUCGCCCAUGUGGACACAAGCCGGGCUGGACGACUACAGCCUCAUCAACAAGGCUAGCCAGAUGGCGCCGUCGCUGCCGCCGUUCACGCAGCGGUUCAACUCUCUGGUGUCGAUGGGGAGCAACGGUGGGGGCGGCGGAGGCGGCGCCAGCAGUCCGGGGGCGGUGUCGGUGUCGUCGGCGGCGCACCUGUCGCACGCGCGGCCCUCGCCCUACACGCCGUCGCCGGCGGCGGCGCCGUCGCAGCCUGCCUCCGCGACGUCGAGCGCCGGGGGCGGCGCCGCGACGUUCGAGGCGUCGCUGUGGGGGUACGAGGCGUCGCCGCUGCAGCAGUACGGCGUGUCGCCGCUGGCCGCCUCCAGCCGCGCCAGGGCUGCCAACCCCUCGGCGCCCGCCGCGCCCUCGCCCUCGCCCCUGUCCGUGCCGGCGCUCACUGCCAUGGACGCGGCCGACUUCAUGACGGAGGGCCGCGAGUGCGUCAACUGCGGCGCCAUCUCGACGCCGCUGUGGCGGCGCGACGGCACGGGCCACUACCUGUGCAACGCGUGCGGCCUCUACCACAAGAUGAACGGCAUGAACCGGCCGCUGGUGAAGCAGCCGCGCCGCCUGUCUGCAUCGCGGCGUGUGGGGCUGUCGUGUUCCAACUGCCAGACCUCGACAACCUCGUUGUGGCGGCGUAACGCUACCGGGGAACCCGUCUGCAACGCUUGCGGCCUCUACUUCAAGCUGCACGGUGUGAACCGGCCGCUCGCCAUGAAGAAGGACAGCAUACAGACUCGGAAGCGGAAACCAAAGAGCUCCAGUUCCAAGGGCGACGGCGCUGGCGGGGGCGGUAACGGAGGCGGGGGCGGUAGCAGCACUCCGAGCGUCCUCUCCGCCGCAUCCGGCAUCGUCAAGAUGGAGCACCCAGACUCGUUCGUGUCCGGCGACGUGAGGUCCGUGGUGGGCGUCGGCGUCGGUGUGGGAGUGGGUGGACUCAACGGAGGCGGCGCGGGGGCGCUGUCUGGCUACUCCCUGUACGGCUCGCCGGCCGCCUACCACGCCACCCCUUCUGCCACCGCUGCUUUCUAUGACACGUUCGCGCAACAACAGCAGCAGCAGCAGCAGCAGCAGCAGCAGCAGCAGCAACAACAACAACAACAACAACAACACCAGCAGCAGCAGCACCACCACCACCAUCACCAACACCAACAGCAGCAGCAUCACCACCACCAUCACCAACAGCACCACCACCAACAGCACCAACCGCCCCCGCAGUCACCGCGCCUCGAAUCCCCGGAGCGCUCGCCGCUGCUGGCGCCUGCGCAGUCGCCCGUUUCCGUCGCGCCGCACAUCGUCUCCCUACACAACAAUAACAACAAUAAUAACAACGGUGGCGCCAGCGGCGCAACCAAGAUAUCUCAGGAAAACAUGGACCGCCCAUCGGUAGUUUCCAUGACUUCAUAGGCCUGCUGGUACAGCUAUGGUGAUGGAAACUGUAAUUUCGCCAGUGUGUGUUCUUUUGCGGUGGGCACGGUUGCAGGCUUCUGCCUUAAAAAGUCUCACUUAUCGUGACGUGUUAGACUGCUCCCUGUGCCUGCAUUUGUGCGACUUUGUUACGCUCUUUUGUAUCCUUGACACUUGGCAGUGAGCCCUCUCUCUUUUGUGUAGUUUUAUGGCUGUCGUAAGGAAGUUAAUUCCCAUUCUUGCCUGUUUCCCGGUGGGCUGUGGACAAAUACGAGCGACGGUCUCAUGUCGUGAUCGAGGUACUUGGUAACAUUUCUCUCACGAAACGCGCUUGAUUUACAUGAUCUCGUAGUCGCUGAACUGUGAUGUUGUAUGCAGAGCUUGUCACAUAGUUGAUAGGCGUUCUGUGAAACUUGUCAGUAGGAUGCAACGUGUUGUUGGCCUCAAAGGAACUAGUUUCACACUUACUUGUGGCACCUGUAAAAUGUUUCACUUGGUCCUUAAUUUUAAAAGAAGCACGUCAAAUGGUUGCGCCAACGAGGCAAGUCCUUACCAAUUUCUUUUAUCUUGUUAUAAUAACUAACCAGUUACACCAAUUACAUUUAAAAAUGAUUCCCAAAAAGGUCAGUAAUAUGUGUAGCUAUAAUUUUCUAGUCAAUUGCCAUUACUAGUGGUAGUAUAUCGGCCGAGAGUCUGACGUUUUCUUGAGUUCAGUACAUUUAACAGCAUGCCACUUGGUCGUUACCAGAAUUUAUAAAGUGCUGCUCUUCUCCAGUAGUAUGUAAUUUCGUCAAAAUAUAAUCAUUUUAAGUAAACGUAGAUGGAAACCGAGAUACUGGCGAGGAGAUGUCAGCUACUAAUGUGUUACUGCGAUAGCAGAAAUCUUGUUUUGACUGAAGAUUAACGUUAACUUGCGUAACAACAGUGGGGUGCAAUAUUUUCUCAGUUAAACUUUAUCGCCUGCAAAUUUUCAAUGGGCAAUGGCUCCUUUUCACUCUGAAUGUUUUUCUAGUGUGAGUGAGAGAAAUCAAAACGAUACAUAUUCCUUUCCUUCUUCACCCAUCUCAGUAGCAUGACCUACUCAUACUACACACAAAUACAAAUACAAACAACACCACAUCCUGUGUAUGCGUGUGCAUGCCUCUUUGUGCUCAUCACUGACUAGGUGUACCUCCCUUUGUUUCACUUCUAUUUGUGUGUCUCCCUCUUUGUACUUCUUUCUAUUGAUGUGUGUGUCCUUUGUACUCUAUUGUGCAUCUCCCUCCCUAUCUCUCGCCCUCCCUAUCUCUCUCCUUCCUAUCUCCCUCUCUCCCUAUCCUCUCUCUCUCUCUCUCUCCCUCCCUAUCUCUCUCUCUCUCUCCCUCCCUAUCUCUCUCUCUCUCUCUCUCUCUCUCUCUCUCCCUCCCUAUCUCUCUCUCUCUCCUCCUCCCUCCCUCUCACCCUCUCUCUCCUCCUCCCUCCCUCCCUCCCUCUCCCCCUCCCUCUCUCCCUCUCCCUCCCUCGUUCUCUCCCUCUCUCCUCUCCCUCUCUCUCUCCCUCCCCCCUCCCCCCCCCUCCCCCCUCCCCCUCUCUCUCUCUCUCUCUCUCUCUCUCUCUCUCUCUCUCUCUCUCUCUCUCUCUCUCUCUCCCCCCUCUCACUCCCCCCCCACCCCCCCCCCCCCUCUCUCUCUCUCUCUCUCUCUCUCUCUCUCUCUCUCUCUCUCUCUCUCUCUCUCUCUCUCUCUCUUCCAUUGUACUCAUGUGUGCUCCUCUUUCUAACUCACUUCACAGCUUCUGUUUCCUUUUAUCGAUAUCAGCAACAUCAAAUAUGUAAUGGCAGUAUGGAUGAAGGAAGGUUAACUCCAUUCUUUACUCAAGGGGAAGGGCAUCUAUGAUUUCUUCUCUCACUUGGUUUGCAGGUAGUGAUUGAACGUUCAUCUGAAUAACGACAUACAAGAAUUAAAUAGCUGUCAUUGGAGAGUUGUUUAUGUAGUUCAGUUUCACCCAUAAUUUCUUUUUGUAGAUAGAUUCCAUGAUACAGAAUUAAAAUGAAGGCAACAGUACUUUUAGAGACAUUAUGAUUUCAUUCUGAUUUGUACUCCACAUUGAAGGAUAUUGUGUUUCUGUACUUGACAUACCGUGUUUUUCAUUUCAGCUAGAUAUAUCUUUUUCUUCUCCGUUUCUAGCAAUUUCGUGAAGUGCUUUAUAUCGUAAUGCUAGCUGCAACUUAAUAGAUAGCAAUGACACAACAUUCUGGGAAACUUUGGAAUACACAACUUGAGUUUAUUGAAAAAGAUGUCUCAUUUUAUAAAUGGAAAUUAAGGUGUUGUUUGUGGGCAGGUUUUCAAGCGUCAUACAACAUCACAGUGAAAAUAUAGAAAUAGAAACUGAUUUAUGGAUGACUUCAAUUACCCACAAAAGGAAUUAAUUAGUCAUUUCAUUAAAUCAGUUAAUAAGUUUUGGUCCUAAGAUGCACUCUUGGUUUGAGCAUGUAGUAUCCUUAGUAACAGAUGAGGAACAAAAUCUAACAUUAAAUGAAAUUUGAGAAAAUAUUUUGCAAACUUCUUUCAUUGAAGUUAUGCACCACAUAUGAACACUCCAAGGCCAUACCAGAAACAAAGGCAAAGGUUUGUUGCAGAAAUUAUGGACAUUGUGGCGGUUUUUGCAGUUGUCUGGAAUGGUAUCAUGAGUGGAACAUUAAUACAGUGACUGGCACGAACUUUAAUGGCCAGCAACGAAGACUGUCUCCUAGAAAAUGAUCUAAGAAUUGAUGAAUAUUGCAACAAGCAGGGAAAUUUAACAGACAUUUAAUAUUUGUCCUAUUAUGGAUCUGUUGUUCACAUUAUUCAUUUUUUGUUGUUAUUGUUAUGAUGAUUUUAGAGUAAAACAUAAAACAGACUGUAAAGUAGUGAUAAAUUUUUUUGCGUUGUUAUUGCUGAUUGUGUAAUAAGAAAGAUGAACAAGACAUGUUCUAGGGGGAUCGUUGGUUGAUAGAUAAGUGAUCUGAUUUUACUGUUUGUCUGUGGCAGACCUGCAGCAAAAACUUUUUAAAAAUAGUGUUAAGUUGCUCAUUCUGUCUAUUUGUAAUUUUUUGUAGAUUAGAACCAUUUUUGCACACGUCACAGUUUACUGCAUUGGCAACUCGUAUGUUACUGUCAUUAUUCUUAUAACUUUACAGCUGAGUGAUUUAUUCUAGUUUUUUUUUUUUCUUUUUAUGUGGUGAUAAAAUUUUAGUCUGGAUCAUGAAUUAUCUACUAUGCAGACUGUAUCUCACAAUAAAUAAUAAAACCUGUUUUCUGAUGA